CCCUCCCAAUCAUGUGAUUCAGGUGUUCCAAUCCCCUCCCAAUCAUGUGAUUCAGGUGUUCCCAUCCCCUCCAUAUCAUGUGAUUCAGGUGCUCCAAUCCCCUCCCAAUCAUGUGAUUCAGGUGUUCCAAUCCCCUCCCAAUCAUGUGAUUCAGGUGUUCCCAUCCCCUCCAUAUCAUGUGAUUCAGGUGUUCCCAUCCCCUCCCAAUCAUGUGAUUCAGGUGUUCCCAUCCCCUCCAUAUCAUGUGAUUCCGGUGUUCCAAUCCCCUCCAUAUCAUGCGAUUCAGGUGUUCCAAUCCCCUCCAUAUCAUGCGAUUCAGGUUUUCCAAUCCCCUCCAUAUCAUGCGAUUCCGGUGUUCCAAUCCCCUCCAAUCAUGUGAUUCGGGUGUUCCAAUCCCCUCAUAUCAUGUGAUUCCGGUGUUCCAAUCCCCUCCCAAUCAU